UCUAACCUCUCAGCUCAAAUAUGGGACACUUCAAGACACGAGUAUUGAUUAUCUCCUGCUUAUUGUUUACGUGUUAUGAAGCAGAAAAAUUAAAAACCAGAGGUCUGCGCCAGAAGGAUGUUGACUACAUGGAGAAAUAUUCCAGCUGCCUCCAGGGUCCAGCAGGCACCCCGGGAAGGGACGGAAAUCCAGGAGUGAACGGAAUUCCAGGUACUCCCGGUCUAUCGGGCCGGGAUGGUGCAAAAGGAGAGAAGGGUGAAUGUGUGACGGAGAGGUUUGAAGAGCCGUGGAAACCCAACUACAAGCAAUGUGCCUGGAACUCUCUCAACUACGGCAUUGACCUGGGCAAAAUAACAGUAAGAGUUGAAGGUUUAUGUGAAGGAGUGCGGAAAGGCCUGGUGGAUGUUGCGAUCUGGGUGGGAACCUGCGGCGACUAUCCUCACGGAGACGCUUCCACCGGCUGGAAUUCUGUUUCCCGCGUGAUCAUAGAAGAGCUUCCUCUGAGCAGCUGAGUCCAGAAACGUCCAAGCACUUACUAUUCUAUCACAUUUUUAAACUUCGAGGAUGAAUUGCUUUGUACUACACACUUAUAAAGGUUCCUUAUUGGC